GGUGUUCAGCAGAGAGCUGCAGGCGCGGAGCUGCGAGGAAGUUUCUCUCGGAGCGCACGAGCGAACAAAAGACCAAAAACACCGCGCGGACCUGCCUUUAACUUUUGAUAGUCUAGCGACAAUACAGAGCCGAAUGUUUUAACCUGCUCGCCUUCUGUCGAUUGAGAAUGUUACAGUAGAACAUCUGCUCCAUGCGACUUCUUUUGUGCGCUUUUUUGUCCUUUUUAAUUCUCUGAACUGCGGAUUUUUCUUGCGCUCUUGUCGCGUGUCUUGUUUUUUAACUUUCGCCGUGCCCAGCCGAGACGUAUGAUCUACCAGAAUGUCCAGACCGUCAAACCGGGCCACCCGCCCACCCUUCUUAAAGGAGCAGGGGGAACGCGGCCAGAGCGGCGGGGGCGGCGGAACAUUGUCCCGAGCCGAGCAGUGCGAGCAGCCUGAGCCCGGCGAUGGCGACCCGGUUAGGGGACCCCCUGCGCUGCACAAUAGCCUUCUCGGUUACCAGACCCGGUCGCCGCUGUUCCGAACUCUCUCCAGGUCCUCGAGUGGAUAUUUCUCGUUCGACAGCGAGCCCAGCUCCCCGCUCCUGAUGCACAGCGCGUCCACUCAGACCCCGAGUCCAUCUAGCCAAGUCAUAAUUCACGCCCUUCAGCGCAUUUCCGAGGCGCGAGGCGACGCUCAGAGUUUCGAGUUAUGUCCAGGACCUAACCACUGUCCACCCCACAGAGCAGCGGCUGCGGGGGACAUGCAAGCGCAUUGGUACAUCGCGCAAGAGUUGCGACGCAUUGGGGAUGAAUUCAACGAUCUGUACUUCCGAGGGGCAGGCAGAAAUGGAGGUGGUGCCCAACUUCCUGCACAAAAUGAACCCGCCUUCAUACUGUGGAUGGGGCUCCUGAUUGAACGUCUCCGACAGUUCCUCCACAGAAGAAGAUGACGGGCGUCCGAUGCACCCAGCAGACAAGACCAGUAGCAGACUGUAGAUAUAUAUGUGUAUAUAUAUAUAUAUAUAAAUGGAAUUUCUUCCUCCUUGUUUUUUGCAUUUCUGGAAGCUGUCCUCUACUGACUUCAACAUUCCCCAUAUGGACACGCCGGGACUAAGCGAUAAUUCUGGAACGUAAAUCGGAAUCAGCAGUGUUUCCUGCAUAAAUGUAUAAAACUGAGCCAUUAACACUGGAUAGAGAGGACCAAAUGGACCUUUCUCUGUCUGUAGAGUUAUUUUCUCCAACAACAAGAGGUGGAAAAUGUGCCUUCAUCACCUCGGUGCCCUUAUCUUCUUCUUCACUUUUUAUUCUUUGUCCAAUUUAUUUGGUUUUAAUUUGUUUUCAUUUGGUUUAAUUGUUUUUUUUUGUAUCUCACCUCUCGUCUGUAUUUAUUUGCAUAUAUGUAUUUAUGUUUAUGUACUUUUUUUAUAAUUAUUAUUGAAGUGGAUGUUAGUCAGUCAGCAGUAGUGUAGUUUAGCCUGUUCUUCAUCUCUCUAUUGACUCCAUUGAAUUUUGCACUUCUGUUUUGAAUAGUCUGCAGUGAAGUUAUACAUGAAAAUCCUUUUUUUUAUUUUGGAAUUAAGUAAUUUGGAAAAUUUUUAUGCAUUUAAUGUGCAUAGUAAUCUGGCUAUUAAGAGUGUAUAAGGCACCAGGUCAGAAAGUAUUCAAUUAUCAUUGUUACUCAGUUGUGUCAAUUUGUGAACAGUCAGUACACUUCAGUGAUUUCCCUCCUCAAACACGCUUCCAAAACCUUCAAGGUAAUUAACAGGUGGCUUAAGUAAUUUGUGUUUGAAUAGUGAAAUCUCCAAACAGUCCAAGACAGUGGCUUUUGAGACUGUCAUACGUUUUUACCGUAUCAAAAACACACAGAAAAGAAAUAGCCUUUGGAGGUAGUAUGAUUUUGCACCAGGUUGCCUGCCAGAGAAAUGUUAGCCUUGGCUUAGUGCCCCUCGGUGCUUUAAUGCCAAGUCAUUAAUACUGAUGGAAGUUAAGAAGCACAGUGCACACACUGACAGAGGCAGAUCUCAGCUGCUUUAUCUUCAGUAAAAUAAAUAAUCGAAAAUAGAAAUGAAAUAAAAUGGAAACAGCUUCAGAAUUUUUAUGAAAUUAAAAUGUUAAGCACCAUUUUGACAAGGUUCCAGCAGGGUUAUAUUCCAGGAAGGAGGUUAUAUUGAUAUAUUGGUUUGCAUCAAAACAGUAUCGGAACUUUUCUCACAUAAUAUUCCCAGAUAGAUGAAUAAUAACAUAAUGGAAAUGUUAAAAACAUUCUUAAAAGUAAAACUUUUUACAUUGACACAAAUUAUGUUUAAGCAGUUUUACUAAAACCAUUUUAAAAAAUGUUAAAUAAAAAACAUAAGAACAUCCAGAAAACUUGACAGAGUAACCGUUCUAAAGACAUUAAUUGCAACAUUCAGAAAACGCUCUAAUAACCAACAUUUUUUUAGCUGUGUGUCUCCUCCACUGAAAUGUUAUUUUAAUCUCAACAUAUUAUUAUUUUAAUUUAUCACCCCUUUGGUCAAAUGAAAAAGAAAAAAAAACAGCCAGAUUAAGGCGAUUCAGGAGAAUCAUUGGAAUCAAGUGAGAAGCUCUAUUGAAGUUUUAACUUUGGCUUUUGAUGAAAAGCUGCCUUAAUGACUUGAUGAGUCUGGAAAUUAGAGAAACUUGAUUUAAGAAUCUUGAGUAAACUUAGCCUCAGUGACUCAGGGGGUUUAUACCUGUGGAUCUUCUUAGAACAAAAUCGGCUUCAUUCCUGAAUCAGUCCAUAGCUACACCCUGCAGAGGCUCUUGAUCUGUUGACUCCUGUUUCCUUGCGACUUGUCGUUUCCUUGUAGUCUCAGGUCAUAUUCUCCAGACCGAAGCUCUUGGCACUUAAUUUAAGUGUUUGUCAUAAAUUAUGAAUUGUGUUAAUGAAUGAUAUGGAGUAAUAUGGACACAGUGCAAAUAUGUGGGCAAAACUUUACAGUAAGUUACUUUACAGUACUUAAUGUCUCAAAUAAUUAUUAAUUGAUACUAAUUAAGACAUUAUGAAACAUUAAUAUUAACGGUUAAUGGUUAAGAAUGCUUUAAAUAAUAAUGAAUCAAGACAUUAGUUAAGCAUUUAUAAUGAUUUAUAAUAAUGUCUUAAUUGUUGUCAGCUAGGGGUGGAACAAAAUAUUGGUAUUGUAAUAUAUUGUAUCGUUUUUGUUCUUUGAUAUGUGAUGUCAUAUAUAUGUCAUAUAUAGAUAUUUCUAGUGAAACAUAUGUGCUCUAAAUUCCCUAAGAUUAGCCCCUCAAUUAGACUUACUGAAGUGAAAUGCCCUGUGAUUUCCCCCCUUCUGUCUGUUAAUAAUUAGUUGAGACAUUCUGUAAGUCUUUGUAAGUACUGAUAAUUAAUGUACCCUUAUUGCAAAGGGUUAUUGAUAUGUGUUUAUUAGUUCAGUCAUAUAUAUUUGCCAAAUCAAUAAAACAGGCUGUUUCAGCUUGGCUGUUUCAGGUUUAUCAGUCAGACCAAAGAUCCGUUUUUUUUUCUACGUUCUGUCCAAAGCAGAAAAGUCCGUAAUCUCUGUUGUUAUUCAUGUCUGUGUAUUAUGCAUCUGAAGCCCUGGUAGAUUUAUAUAUUUAGUUCUUUUUAAAGUCCAGAACAAAUAUUACAGAUCAUGAUUUUCAGGCCAAACUGCAUCCUACUUCAGUGAAACUAGAAUUGAUGCUCACUGCACUCAGCACCCGCAGAUAAACUGAUCUGACUCCACCUCGCAGACCCAGUACAUUUGUAGCACAAACUUGUUUUUUAUUGUCUUGUUUUGUUUGUUUUUGCACUGAAAUUUGCUGUGCUGAACUUGUGCAAUACUGUUGUAAAUAAAAGCCUUUUUU